UUGUGCGGUGACCAUGACGUCGGCAACGGGGUCCGAUCUCGGGGUGGGUGCUCUCGCUGUCCUCCGGGGCCUCCACUCCGCCUCACCCUCCCGCCGUCUCGUCCCGUUCUCCCCCUCCCUCCCGUCCCCUCGCAGUUCCUCGUCCCCUUUCCCGUUCCUGUUCCCUUGCUGCAACUCGUAGUGGUACCGCUACUGGUACUGCCCUGCCUCCCUACCCCUCCUCCUCCUUCGCCUGGGUGCGCUGGUUGCUCUUGCAAGCUUGCUUGCGAGCAGGUGUCCUUGGGUGUCAGCGUUUAUCGCAGUAUCAGCAGCAGGCUGCUCUCGUUGGAGUGAUCGGGCUUCUUCUUCUUCUUCCACUCUGCCUGUAAUUUUCAGUUGUAGUGAAAGAGAGAGUGAGAGUGAGUGUGUGUGAGUGUGUGUGUGUGUGCUCCGCACCCUCGCGUCGCGUCGUGUCGUACCGUAUCGCAUCCAUUGCUGUGUGCUUGGCGCCCCACGCGCAGGGCAGGGCAAGGCCAGGCGAGGCAAGGCGAGGCCGCGGCGCGACGCGUCCCAUUGCCGUGAGACAGCACCCCACAACCAAGCAAGUAAGCAAGGGAGGGAGGAAGGGAGGGAGGGAGGCACACCGUGUGUGGGCUUGCGUUGGUCAUCUCUUCCCUCUUCCUCUUCCUCCUUUGGGAACUUCCACCUCGUGCCUUGCAAUUGGUUGCUUCUUUGCCAGGGUUUGAUCCCCGUGUUCGCUGAGUGUGGUGAGGUGGUUUGCUUUGUGUGAGUGAGUUUGUAGUGUCUCUGGGUUGGGUUUGGGUUUGUUUGCGUUGGGGGUGAGACAGGUUUUUGGUUGAAGAUAGAGUGGACAAGUUUGAGUUGGGUGCGGAGAGUGAGAGCGAGAGAGUGAGAGUGUGUGUGGGACAGAAGGAGUGAGUGGGGGAAGUUGCGAUGGAUCAUCUGGACAUUCCCGGCAUGCACGACCACGACCGGUACGAACUCGUGAAGGACAUUGGGUCGGGCAAUUUUGGGGUCGCCAGGCUCAUGCGUGACAAGAAGACGCGAGAGCUCGUUGCGGUGAAGUACAUCGAGCGUGGGGAGAAGAUUGACGAGAAUGUUCAGCGGGAGAUUAUUAAUCAUCGGUCGUUGCGGCAUCCCAACAUAGUGCGGUUCAAGGAGGUUCUGUUGACACCAACUCAUUUAGCCAUCGUGAUGGAGUAUGCUGCUGGUGGAGAACUGUUCGAGCGAAUUUGUAAUGCAGGUCGGUUCAGUGAAGAUGAGGCCAGAUUUUUCUUUCAGCAGCUUAUUUCUGGAGUGAGCUACUGCCACUCCAUGCAAAUUUGCCAUCGUGAUUUGAAAUUGGAAAACACUUUGUUGGAUGGAAGUCCUGCGCCUAGGCUGAAAAUCUGUGAUUUUGGGUAUUCAAAGUCGUCUUUGUUGCACUCGCAACCCAAGUCGACCGUGGGAACACCUGCCUACAUUGCUCCAGAGGUCCUGUCGAAGAAAGAGUACGAUGGCAAGAUUGCCGAUGUGUGGUCGUGUGGAGUGACCUUGUACGUGAUGUUAGUGGGGGCAUAUCCGUUUGAGGAUCCCGAUGACCCAAGGAAUUUCAGGAAAACCAUUGGGCGUAUCUUGAGCGUGCAGUACUCCAUCCCCGACUAUGUGCACAUUUCCGUGGAGUGCAGGCAUUUGCUGUCUAGGAUAUUUGUUGCUAACCCAGCCAAGAGAAUCAACAUCCAAGAAAUUAAGAACCACGAGUGGUUUUUGAAAAAUUUACCUGCAGACUUAGUAGACCUGGCUGAUAGGAGUUACGACUUUGAGGACCCGAAUCAUCCCCCACAGAGCAUCGAAGAGAUCAUGCGCAUCAUUGGCGAAGCUAGAGAGCCAGGAGCAGGUGCACCAGGAAAUUAUUUUGGUGAUCCGUUAGAUGACAUGGAUGUGGAGAACGAUGUGGACCCCGAUAUCGAUAGCAGUGGGGAGUUCGUAUGUGCAAUGUAGGGUAGCAGUUAGAGCGACGGGGCAGGUUGUCAUCUAAAAUUGGGUUAGAUAUUAGGAGGUUAAAUGAUGGUGUAUUCAAGAUUGGACGGUGUAGUUAAAUGAAGUGAGUUUCCUUUGCGUUUUCACUUCCAUCUGUGGAUAGUUUUACUGCACCAACUCUUUGAGAUUCCAGGGAAGUAUUUCUGAGGACCAAAUGAUGGUCACUGUGUUCUUCGAGUUAACUCCAAGAAUGAUUCAAUGUUGAAGAUGCAGUGUACAAGCAUCUAUUUGAAGAUGACUUUCUUGGUUGACGAAGUUGCUGUUGGGUGGAGAUCAUCUAGCGCUUUUGAAUUUUCAAGAAGUCCAGGCUCCACUUGUGGUUUUGGAGAAGCUUGUGUACGUGUGAGGUAGAAGGGUGAUUUGGCCAGAUGCGGUUAAGGGUGUUACACUGGUAGUAUAGAAACUUUUUAAAUUCCGGUUACCUCCAGCAGUCUCUUUGUUCUAUAGUUUUGUUGAGUUAGUUUAGGAAGAGCCGGGUGUUUUUUGGACAGCCCCAUAUAAUAUAAAUUAUUGGCUCAGGUUAACUGAGUUAACCUUCUAGCACAACUCUUUUUUUA